AUGGCUCGCACUAACUUAUACAACACGCUCGGCGCGUACGAGAUCGGGCUGGCGCUCAGCACGCUGCUGUUCGGCGUCGAGUCGCUGCAGACGUUCUAUUACUACCGGCGCUAUGCGAAAGAUCCCCUGGUCCUCAAGAUCUUGGUGAGCCCCGUCUCAGCAGCUGCUGCUGCUGCGCCGCUGCGGCUGACGGCCCGCACCCAGGUCGCCGUUAUCUGGAUCUUCGGACUGACACAGAGCAUCUGCGCGUGGCACGCCCUGUUCCUCAUGAGCGUCACGUUCUUCGGGCAAGAAGCGCACAUCACGACGAGCCCGCCGAACUCGCUGACGCUCAACGCGCUCGUGUCGACCGUGCUGUUCGUGCUCGUGCAGGGCUUCUUCUGCCUGCGCAUCCGCACGGUCUCCGGCUCGCGCGCGCUCGCGGCAGGCUGCUUCGCGCUCGCGCUGCUCCCGCUCGUGCUGUACGCGUACGUCGCGGCGCUGCUGUUCCGCAGCGGGUUCGCGGCGACGGCGGAUCCGCGCGGCCCGGGGCAUGUCGUGAUGACGGUGGCGGCGGCGGUGCUGCCGCUGGCGAAUAUCCUGGUGUCGGCGGUGCUGUGUUGGGGCCUGUGGCGGAUGCGCGGGCAGAGGACGUUUCAGAGGACGAACUCGAUCAUCGACACGAUUAUCCUCUGGACUGUGGAGACGACUGCCAUUACCAGUGUGGUUGCCGUGCUGGAGCUGAUCAUGGACAUCACUGCGGGGAAGACACGUCUGUCAUUCGAACAUAGUGGCUUCUACAUUCUGAUACAUUCCGCGGCAGUCCUCUGGAUCAUCUUCUUCUUCCUACACGGCAAGCGUAAGCAUAUUCCAAUCGAACACAGUGCUGGCCUCCUUGAACAGCAGAGGCAGCCACGCCACCGACCGCUGGGCGAUCUCGACCUCCGGGAACGGCGGGGCCUCCAGUACGGGACGCAGACGCGGGACCGAGCCCGUGAUGCUGCCCAUGACACACUCCGUCGCCGCGAAGUCGGAUCUGGAGGCGUUCGAGCUGGAGCACGCGCCGACCCGCGACUCGCACUCGGAGGACGUGAAGAUCAGCCCGUCGUCGUGAGGCUUGAGCGUGCUGGGCCGCAGAUGGUCUUCUGUGGGCGUAUGUAGGAGAUUGUGCUGAGGCGCAGCACAGAACGAAAAAAAAGUUGUAUAUCGGCGGUGCUUGCGACCAUUUAUCCCCAAUCCGUUCUUUCUGUACCGAUGUCCGACAAAGAGUAGAUUAGAUAGGGAUCGAUUAUCAGGAAUUUGUCAU